AUGUUUUUUAGCUCUCAGAGAGCGCAGGCCAGCACCCUCUCAUCCAACCCAGCGGUAGCGGGAAGCGGUUGCACCCAGCGCUCGCCAAGCACGCGGCGAUUUCGGGUCAUCCCACGCCGCGAAGCGGUCGCCGAGCUGCCACCCGGGCGGUGGCAUCGCCGCGCGCCCUCCAGUGCCGCUCCUGCGACCCCGGGCCUGCGGACAGGCCGCUUCGGGCCCGCAGCCUCCGGAUGCGGCGCUGAGGGCGGUCGCCAUGGAGACGGCAGCGGCCGCGGCCCCGGGCCCAGGCCUCGGCCCCCGCGACCCCGAGCUCGCAAGCGGCCUGCCGGCUCGGGCAGCCGCGGGGAGGAAGAGGAGGAGGAGGAGGAUGGGGGUGCAGACGAUGGGGAAGCCGAGGAGGAGCCCGAAGAGGAGGAAGAAGAGGAGGAAGACUUGAUCGAUGGCUUCGCCAUCGCUAGUUUCGCCAGCCUCGAGGCUUUGCAGAAGGAUGCAUCUCUUCAGCCCCCAGAGCGAUUGGAACAUCGGCUGAAGCAUUCUGGGAAGCGGAAGAGGGGAGGCUCCAGUGGGGCCACUGGGGAGCCAGGGGACAGCUCUGAUCGGGAGCCUGGCCGACCCCCUGGAGAUCGGGCCCGAAAAUGGCCCAAUAAGCGGAGAAGGAAAGAGGCCUCCUCCCGUCACUCUCUGGAAGCUGGAUACAUAUGUGACGCGGAAAGUGAUCUGGACGAGAGGGUCUCCGAUGAUGACCUCGACCCAUCCUUUACUGUCUCAACCAGCAAAGCCUCGGGCCCCCACGGCGCCUUCAAUGGGAACUGUGAAGCAAAACUCUCCGUGGUCCCUAAAGUGUCGGGCCUGGAGCGGAGCCAGGAACAGCCCCCAGGGCCCGACCCGCUGCUAGUGCCUUUCCCCCCAAAGGAACCACCGCCUCCACCGGCCCCUCGGCCUCCUGUCUCACCCCCUGCACCCCUGCCGGCCACCCCCAGUCUGCCACCCCCACCCCAACCCCAGCUGCAGCUUCGGGUCUCACCCUUUGGCCUCCGCACUUCUCCCUAUGGCAACAGCCUGGACCUCAGCACUGGCAGCUCUUCACGGCCGCCCCCCAAGGCCCCGGCCCCUCCCGUGGCUCAGCCUCCCCCCUCAUCAUCCUCUUCGUCCUCCUCCUCCUCAUCUGCCUCCUCCUCGUCCGCGCAGCUCACCCACCGGCCCCCGACGCCCUCACUGCCCCUGCCUUUGUCCACCCACGGCUUCCCCCCCCCCGGGCUGCGGUGCCAGGGCACCCUGGGGCCUCAGCCGCUAACGCCCUUUCUGAGCAGGACCUGA